UUCAGCCUUGAUCCGAUCUUGGAGCUGCCUGGGCAUUUGCUGCAGCCGAUCGCCAACAUGACGUCCGCUGCAGCUGCGGUUGAGAAGUUCUUGGCAGAGAAUCCUGUGGACGAACGUGCGUCCUCCGCCUUGCGCAAUGCGUCACCGGAGGUUCAGCUGCAGGCCAUGGAGCGUGGCUCACUAUCAGAUUGCAAGAACCCCUCAGCAGCACUCAUGGUUCGUAUCAACGGCUCAGCUGGCCACUCUUCUCACAACGCCGGGCUGUCUUCGCGGGAUAUGCAAGGCACGCCGGAGGAGAUUUGGGCGAAGAUCAUGGCCAAAAAUCGAUCCGGCAUCCCUGGCCUGGCCGGCGUGGCGGGCGGGGGGUUGGACGCAGCCUCCUCGGCAGCCGCGUCGCAGAUUGCCGCCGCACAGUUGGCAGCAGCUGCGCAACAGCAGCAAUUGGCCAUCAGCCUCUACUAUCAGCAGCUCGCAGCACAGCAAGUGGCAGCGCAGCAGCUGGCGGCACAGCUGCAGGCUCCCACCGAUCCAGCCGCAGCUGCUGGUAUGCUUCCUCCCGAUGGCGCAGCCGGGACGGCGCCCUUGCCACCCGGAACGAUGCCAGGGCAAGAUCCGCAGGCAUUGGCAGCAGGUUUCGAUGCCGGAGCCACAGCUCCUCUGCCCGGGGCUGAAGCGUUCCCGCCGCAGCCUGGUGCUUUGCCACCAGGUGCCAUGCCAGAUCCCAUGGCUUCAAUGCCCAUGACACAGAUGCCUCCUAUGGAUGGGGGCAUGCCACCUGGUGGAUGUGGACCCGGUGGACCUGGUCCAGGACAGCCAACUUUCCCGGAGCUGGGUCCUCCACCCCCGGCCUUCCCAGAUCUUACAGGAGGGGGACCUGCUCCAGGCGCCCCCACAUUCCCAGAUCUCACAGGGGGAGCUGGAAACAUGGGCAUGACGAAAGCAGGACCCCCUCAGCCACCAGGGCAAGCGUAUGGGAUGGGCAAAGGACCAGACUUUGGAAAGGGCGGGAUGUUCCCACCUGCAGAAGCAUCAAACUGGGGAAAUGGCAAGUGGGAUGACGGCAAGGGAUUUUCAGAUGGGAAGGGAUGGGGUGGCAAUGGCUGGGGUGGCGAUGGCUGGAGUGAUGGCAAAGGUUUUGACGAUGGCAAAGGGUGGGGUGGCAAAGGAUGGGAUGGUGGAAAGGGUUGGGGCGGCAAAGGCUGGGAUGGUGGCAAGGGCUGGGAUGGUGGUAAGGGCUGGGAUGGAGGAAAAGGCUUUGGAGAUAAAGGAUUUGGCAAGGGAUGCGGAGGAAAGGGCGGCUGUGGCAAAGGCUAUGCACCAUACUGAGUGUCGCUCCCUCCAUGUCUUUCCUUCAAUUUGAGGGAAUUCAGUGCUC